GUGGCUGUCAUUAAACAUUGUAUAUUUAAGAUUUCCGGUGUUAUGGCGACUGCCGGCAGAACACAGUGCCCUCAGUGUGGAGUGUAGCAGGCUGUGCAUCCAGGGCUGUGAGGACGGACAGCAGUCUCACAUGUCUGUGCAGUCUUGACUAUGCUGCUCGUGGCAGUGCUAGGUUUAGUGUUUUCUUACUCCGUGGUUGCCGCCGUGGAGGCCGCAAACACCAACUACCAAUCAGCAGCAGAGCUUCUGAAAUCCCUGCCACCAGAGCAUGUGCCGUACUUCCUCUACAACAACAAGAGAGUCGCCAAGCAGUGUCGCCGGGACCCUCGCUGCCCCUUUAAGGAUGAUCUGCUGGACUCGUCUGCCUGUUGGGGCUAUGAGAAAAACUGUGCUCCAGAGAAUCGCUUCAGUUACCCAGUAUGCACCAAAGCUGACUCUGGAUGGGCUAGGUCACUGGAUGCGGCCCGGGAGCUUUUCUGGAAUCAGGCUGAUUUUGGCUACGUGAAGAAGCGUCGCACCGAACUCAAAACACUCUGCAAGGCCAGCAAACCUGCUCACUCAUCGUUAAAAUGCUGUAGCCACGCACGAUUCUGCAAAGCAACCAACCUCUAUCUUGACUUGCGUAAGCCACACAGAAGUCACGAGAGAUACAAGGAAGACUUUAUCCAAAAGGCAGAGAUCGGCGGCUACUGCAAACUGAACAGACGAGCACUCGCUGCUCAAGGAGAACACCAAAGCCCUCUGCAGUCUUGGUAUGCUGAGCUUCAAAUGUACACAGAGCUGGACUUUGAUCCAGUGGAGGAUGGAGACUGUGACCUCAUCGUUGAAAGACCUACGGUGUUUAUGAAGCUGGAUGCUGGGGUGAACAUGUACCACCACUUCUGUGACUUUGUCAAUCUCUUCAUCUCCCAGCACAUUAACAACUCCUUCAGCACUGACAUCAACAUUGUUAUGUGGGACACGAGUUUUCAUGAUUAUGGAGAUUUGUUCAGUGAAACGUGGAAGGCCUUCUCAAAGUAUGACGUCAUUCACCUGAAGACCUAUGACUCAAAGAGAGUCUGUUUCAAGAACGCCUUCUUUUCCCUCCUUCCGAGAAUGAGAUACGGCCUCUUUUACAAUACACCUAUCAUUCCUGACUGUUACAGUGAAGGGAUGUUUCGAGCAUUUUCCCAGCAUGUCCUCCAUCGGCUGAAUAUACUACAAAAUGGACCAAAGGAGGGGCGUGUUCGUGUCACACUGCUGGCACGCAGCACAGAAUACAGAAGGAUAUUAAACCAAGUGGAGCUCGUAAAUGCCAUGAAGACAGUGCCGUUCCUGGAGGUCAACGUUGUGGACUACAAAUACAAGGAUGUUCCCUUCCUGGAGCAGUUGAGGAUCACCUACAACUCUGACAUCUUUAUAGGGAUGCACGGGGCAGGUCUCACUCAUCUCCUCUUCCUCCCUGACUGGGCUGUCAUUUUUGAGCUAUAUAAUUGUCAGGAUGAGAGCUGCUAUCGAGAUUUGGCUCGGCUUCGGGGCAUUCGAUACGUGACUUGGCAGAAAAUGGACAAAGUGGUCCCACAGGACAAGGGUCACCAUCCCACUCUGGGCGACCAUCCAAAGUUUACCAACUACUCUUUUGAUGUGGCUGAGUUCAUGCGUCUGGUGCUGGAGGCAGCCAAUUACGUCACAGCCCAUCCUAAAUGGCAGCGCUGGUCUCUUCAUGACGAACUCUAAAGUCUUUUGUAAGGUUUUUAUGAAGUUGUGGGUGAGGGGGAAAACUGCAGCUUUUCUGGCGUCAUUUGCUGUAAUCGCGACCCAUCUGGACUCCCUCUCAGUUUACCCUAAAUCGGUUUUUAAAAGUUACCUCACCAGAGAGUGGGGUUAACGUAUUUAAAAAUUAACCUUAAACUUCAAACAUGGUAGAAGAGGACCUUGAAAGACUAAGAGAGGAUGUAGCAGUAAAGCAACACUACAGAUGCCAACUGCUGUCAAACACCAUUGACUGACUGUUAGGAACUAAAGGAUGAGACUUGUGCUGUAGGAACAUAUGGACAGUGUGAGACAUGUCUUCUGCAUAUUCCCUAUUACUAUGAUGGUGUUGACUAAUCUAACCAAUAGCAGCUGUUUAUGAUCUCACCUUGAUGGCAGUCUUUAGAGUCGUCGACUAUCAAACCAGAGGUCUGGAGCACUGAGUCAAAGACUACCUGUACAGCGUUCACAGUGGGGGUGUUUUUUUAAGAUAUAGAAAGCAGUGGUUGUAUUGUAUUUUUUAAAAUGUAGUUAUAUUGUUGUCAUAAACACUGUAUAUGAUGGAGUGAAGGUAAAGUAGACACUUCUAGUGCCAGACAUUUUUGUAUCAGUAUCUAUUUCUAUGUAUGCAGUAUUUACAUUAAGAACACGUUGACACAUAGUCCAGCGUGUAAUAUUUAAGGACUUAUAACGACACAACUGUAACAACAGUGGAACCCUCUCCUCAUCCUUGUCUUUGUCCCAGUGGUCAGAUACAGUAUUGAAAAAAGACAUUCACUUCUGGUUGUUAAUCAGACCAAUGUCCUGUGUUUAUAUCUACAACCUUCUAGUCUGGAUCAUAGCAAACGACAAGGUAUAACACCUGAACAAAGGUUGUUUUCCUGGAUUACAUACUGUAUAUAGAAUGUAAUAUAUCUCUGUCCUCAUGGUUUUGUUGUCACUGCACAGCAGUAAAAAAAAAAAACAGCCUGAGUCCAAGUCACUGGACUGUUUUUGCCUCUAAUACUAAACUUUUUGUUAAAAAUCCAAGACAAUUUCAAACCUUAUCACAUUAUAACAGCAUACGAUUAAAGAUAAAAAAAACAUAAUCACUGUUUAGGAAAAAGGAAGCUCCAGCCUCCAUGUGUCCAUAUCAACUGGAGGAGGAAAGAAACGAAGGUCAUUGCAUUUCUGGUGGGCCAAACGGUGGUGGAGUGGUUAGUGAUGUUGUCCAACAGCAAGAAAUGUCUCAUGUUAACUGGUUGUCCCACAGUCCAAAUACAGAUUUAGUUAAUUGUACACUCCCUUGUCUUUAUAUGUGUCUCUGCUAUGGACUGGCAGUCUGUCCAGAAGACAUAACUUUGCCGUUGAAGAUGAAUGAAUAACUGAAAAUAACUGAAAACACUGAUACACUG